AAUUCCAUAAAAUCAAUAAAUAUAAUUAAACACAUUGGCGUCUCCGUUGAUAACCAUGGAAACUACGAAAACAUUGUUUAUGGAUGCCAAAUGCCCGGCGUUUGUAGUUAAGUUAGAUACUUAGAGUUUAUUUUAAAACUAGAAAUGAGCGCAACAACACGUACGGGAUUAGUUCCCACGCCCAAAAGGCAUGUCAGAUAUCUCAAAAAGCGCAAAAAUCAGCAUGGCGAUAUUUCGCGUAUGCCUCUCAAGUUUGAGGCCACGCCCAUGCCGCUUUCAUUACGCCCUUUUGGUGGACUCUUCAACCCCUUUGCCAAGGGCUGUUCAGUGCUGUGCAACCAUCCUGCCCCAUCUGGGGUUAAGCAGGUGAUCAAUCAGCUAAAGACAUCACUGGCCAUCGAGGGCAAAAGUCAGCAGCAUGGGAAAACGGAUAAAAUUCCUGAGGAAUCAGAACUGCAACCCCAUGAGGCCGAUAAUAUUCCAGAGGAUCUAUUCCGGAGAUAUGCGGAAACAGAUUCGCGUCCCAUGACACCAACUCCCACGGUAACAAGUAUUCAUACCAGAACCAGUGCUGGAUCCUUUUAUCGACGAUGCAUAACACCGGAAUGGGGAAAGCAUGAAAAUAUCAAGAGAAAGAAAAUCAUAUUGGAUCUCCGGAGAUCCCACUCCCAGGAGACUCUCUACUGGAAACCAAGUUCAGAGUUGACCCAAAGCGGUUUGGAGGAGGAUAAGAAACCCAAGAGUGCAGGUGCCAAUGAGGAAAAGAAGCCAAAGAGGCAGCCUUCCAAUGAGCAGAGACCCAAAUCUUCGCUAGCUACUGCAAGCCUGGCUCCAGGAGGAGAUGUCAAUGAUCUGGAGGCCAAGCCCAAGACCUGCAUCAAUGAGCACGAACUCAGUGACGAGGAUGUGCGCAGGGGCAAGAAACGAAAGAAGUUGAAGCCAGCUCAAGCCACCACCACUUUCCAUCUGAGUGAGGAUCCAGAGACUCAGGUGGCUGCUUUGGGUCCUGAUUCUCUUAAUCCUAGUACCAGGCCCAGUUUGAUACCCAACUCCCUAACUCUACUGCCCAAGGAUAAACGGGAGACCGAACGUGAACCGAUUCUUUUGAAGGGAAGUUUCUUAACUGACGAAGCCUUUCAGGCUCUGAAAACUGAUUUGGAUGUGGAUCUAAUAGAAAACACAUUUGGAAGAUAUCUUAAUCGAGCUCUUAGAGAAGCCAUUAAGUACAUGCCACCCAAACCUAAAGCUGUCCCAAAACCAGUCGAAGAUAAAGUUCCUCCGGAAACAACAUCUAAAAUGCCGCGAAAGUUUUCCAAAUCAGCCACCAGAUUUGAUGUGCCCAUGGAUCUUGCCAAGCUAAAAAAUAUGACCCCCUGGGACUAUUUGAGCAAGUGCGUCUGGGUUUCGCAGCAGAGAAAGCAGCUCUAUAAAAGAGUGUUUCUGAAGUAUCUAAGUCGAAUAGAGGAACCGGAAAGUGAGUUGGCGGCUAUUGGGAAUGAUGACUUACCGGAAUAUAAAUACAGGGAAAGAACCCUCGUCUGGCAAAGCCUUCCGCAAGCUCUUGAAGAUGUCCUGGAAUUCCAUGGCACUGAGAAAAAUGUCCAAGGUACAUUAAGAAUGUUGGGAUACGACCCGCAAGGAUCUGGGGACUUGGACUUUCGUGCCUGGUGCGGUAUAGUUUCAUUUGCUGAAAGAUUGGCACUUGCUGAUGAAUCUGGUUCGGAUGAUUCAUGCGAUGAGUUGGAAAAGGCGGACUUUAAUAGCAUGGAACAAAUAAUGCCCGACUUUGCUGUGUCGGAAAAUUUAAAGGAAAUUUUUAAUGUAAUUCGCAAAACGCAUAAAACUAGGUACUGAUUUAUAAAGACUUAAAGAUUAUAAUCUCGAACACAAAUAAAUAUAUGAGUAACAUUUAUGAGUAAUGUAAUUUCAAACAUUAAUAUGCAUGAGCAAUAAUUAAAAACUAUGUAAUAUUAAACAGUUUCAAAUAUAUGAGUAACAUCUAUGAAUAAUGAAUAUUUCAAUUCACCGUUAUAUUUUUACUUAAUUGAAGAAGCAAAACACUAAUUAAACUAUUAAGAAACGGAAGAUGAUAAACAGUUUGA